AUGGCGCCCUCACUGUCACUGAAGGAAUUUCUGAACUACAUCAAAGCGUUCAACGCCAAGGAUUAUGCAGCUCAGCACGGAUUUUACGAUAAGGAUGUCACUUUAACGAUCCCAGAUCCUGAGAUUGGAACUCUUGUUGGGUCGAAGGGGGUAAUGGACCAUUAUUCUAUCGUGCACGCCGAAGCAAAGGAGACUGUUGUCCCAAUGAUUGCCAUGGUCGACGAAAAUAGAAUCUUCUUCAGCAUGGAGGCGUACUUCUACUACCUCAGAGCUACUGAAAACGCCGUUCAUAGCCACAAAGUGAAGCCCGGGGACGUCAUUCGAGUCAAGGUCUGGGCUCUCUACGAUAUGAAGAAUGGGAAAAUGGCGAAGAUUGUUUGCAAUGCUCUCGGCGACGAAUUAUUAGGACAGAUAAAUGUGGACGAUGCGAUCCAGGAGAGCUGGAAUCGGGUUGAUGAUAAUAUCAAGGCGGCAUGGACGGAUUGA